AUGGCUAGGAUUUCGGCUGUAUUUUCUGGUGUAUUUACAAAACCGAGAUCGCUGGCUUUACUGCAAUACACAACGGUACGUUUUAGACGAAAACCACGCUGGCUCGGUACAGCUAAAAGUAAACUGUUCCGUGUGCCGGAACGAAAGAAACAAAUUGAGGAAGAGAUUGAAGAAUUGAAACGAUUGCACAAUAACUAUCGGACGCAGAUGAAAGCGGUGCGAAAGUUUCUUCGUGAUGAAGUUGAAGCAUCCAAGCUAGUAUCGCGUGCUGGGUUGGUUUUGCAAACACCAGAACAAGAAGAAGCAGAAUGGCAGGAAGCACUGCGCAGGAACGAUGAAUGGAACCGGCAAACGGCAGCAAUACGGGAAGAACGCUUAUCCAUUGAAAGAGCUGCCCGGAAGGAAUAUAUCUUGGAAAGGCUAGUUCUCAAAGAACAGCGUGAAAUGGAUAAAAAAGAUUUAAUCGAAUCGAAAGUACGCGCUGAAAAAGAGCAGUCAAAAUCGUUCAUCACACGUGAAAACAUCGACAAAGCCAUCGAAUUGGCGUUGGUGCAACCAACAAGCUAUAACUUUGCUCUUGAUCGCGAAGGAAAUGUACACCAGGCGGCAAAGUCAAAGACUACCAAUGAAACUAGCAAAUCUAAUUAA